CUAAUGUAGUAUUGUUAUUGUUAUUAUUAUUAUUAUUACGAAAUAUUGUUGACAGGCCAAUUUUCAUUAUAACUUUAAAGUAAGUGUAGGACCACAGAAUAUCAACUGGGGGGCAGCAUGUGAGUUUGAGACAUCUGGAUUAAGGAAUUAGUAGAAUAGAAGUAAACCUGCAAUUAUGUGCUUGUGAAGACAGAAUUGACCAGAAAUUAUAAUACAAUUAGCAAAUACUCAUAAUGAUCAAGUAAUAUAUUCUGUGUGUGAUAGUUGUUUGUUGGCAACCCCGUUGAUAAAUUCCAAAUUGGACUAAAAAUAGUUUAAUCUCAAGAAAUCAUAUAAAUAGAUAAACUGUAAACACUGGAUUUACCAUCACAGAUUAAAUAAUUAGUAGAAUAGAUGCAACUUGUGGAGGAACCUGUAAUUAUAUAUAUUUGGUUGUGAAUAUAGAAUGUACCAGUUAUUAUAAUAACAUGAAGUACUCAUAAUGAUCAUCAUGUAAUGGAUUAUAAUAAUGACAAAUACAACGUGUGCGUGCGCACAGGGAGCAGCAGCAGCAGCAGCAACACUGGCCGCGCGCGGUGACAAUCACACAGAUUGACCGUGAUGUCAGCGCAGGGCGCGCGCUGAUUGGCUGUCCGUCGCGCAUAAUCUCACUUCCGAGUAGCUCGCGAUUUGUUCACCAUGUUGGAUCCUCUGCUCAUCGAUGCCUUGUGAUCGAUAGUUUGAUCGAAUCGGGGAGGGAGCAGCAGCAGCGGCGGCGGCGUUAGCAUUAGCGUUAGCAGCAGACAGGGGGAAAGUGGUGGGACACAAAGUGACGCGCAGCGGUGAGUUCAACCCCGCAGGCCUGGCUGUGUUGAUGCGGCGCACGGCUCUCUCUCUCUCUCGCUCUCGCUCUCUCUCUCUCUGCUAGCUCCGAGCUGUCAGGUCCAUCACCACCACCUCCUCCUCUGGUCCUCCUGGCACAGAUUAUUCCGCAUCGAAAGGAUUUAACUUUGUUGCUUUCUUCUUCUUGUUCCGUCUCUUCCUCCUCCCGUGGAAGUGAUCUGCAGGAGGACACAGACUCUGUCCAUGGGGAUUAGAAGUUGUGUGUCAGCCUUCGUGUGUGUGAGCUCUUCUCUCGCCGCCUCUGUGUGUCAGUGAUGGCUGGUUUGUGUUCUGGAGGAUCGCAGCUGGAGUAAUAUGUGAGCGCAGUGGACCUGCCGCGGCCUGGGCCUCCCUGUGUGCCCGCCUCUGCCUGCUGUACUGUGGCCUGAGCUGGAAACACCUCCUCACUCUGCAGCGGAUCAGCAGCAGCAGCAGCAGUGGUAAUUACGGCCCCGGAGAUUAGCCUUGUUUACAGAGCACACGGCUGACUGACAGGGACAAUUCACUUUGGAUGAGAUUUCCAGCCCCGUUGCUGCUGGAGCUGGUGGUGUUGGAGGUGUUAGAGGUGGCGGCAGCAGCAGCAGCAGCAGUGUGUGCCAGCUUGGACCAUAUCAAAAAAGAUGUUGCCUCCUCCCAUGUGACAAGCCCCACAUCACACUUCUAUCAGAAGGAAGGAGGAGGGCGCCUCCGGUAUCAUGAGGAGCAUUUAGGGGCAACUGGCUUUCAUUUCUGAAGGGGGUGCAGGUUGUUAUUUUAGUUUGUUUUGGAUCAUCAUCAUCAUCAUCAUCAUCUUUAGGCAAAGCAAGUGGGUCACAUUUAAGGCCUGCAACUCAUUUGCUGAUAUUCCUUGUUGUUUAGAUUUAAUGAUUUAUUGCUUCAUCCACAAACAUGUCAGAAAGUGAUAAUCAUUGUCUCCCAAACGUCAAAAUGACAACAUCCUCAAAUGGAGAUAAAGUUUUAGGUUUUAUUUCAUAAAAACAAAUUUCCUCACAUGAUUGUCAAAAUAGUUUAGCAAUUAAUUCAGUAAUCGAUCAAUAAUCUAUUGGUCAUUGCAGCUGUAGUCACAUUCUUGUUGGUGUUAUGAUAUAGUGGCUUCUUUAAGGAAAUAGCAGCAGCUGCACCACAUAGACAUUGUGAGUGUUUUCUGUAACUAUGUUGUCUCCAAGUUUCCUGAGUGUUGAGCUUAGUCAUUAGCAUCACUUCCAGCAGCAGCAGCAGCAGCAGCAGACACUGACUGGGGCUGUGUGAGCAUCAGUGAAUGGCUCUUUGCAGCACAGUGGCUGCAAAUGUUCCAAAAAUGAUGGCCGCUUACAAUGGUGGCUCCUCGGCCGUGGCUGUCCAUCACCCACACCCGCAUCACCACCAGCUUCAGCACCUCCCAGCCCCACACAUGCACCACCAUCACCACACAGGCCAGCAUCACCUGCAGCAGCAUCCGGGCUCCGCCGCCAUCGCCGCCGUGCACACGGACCAGCAGCAACAGCAGCACACAUCCACGGCUGCUGCUGCCGCCGCUGCAGCCGCAGCAGUGAUGCUCAACCCGGGCCAGCAGCAGCCCUACUUUCCCUCCCCCGCCCCGGGACAAGCCCCGGGGCCGGCGGCUGCUGCUGCUCCUGCGCAGGUUCAAGCCACCGCUGCUGUCAAAGCCCAUCACCAUCAUCACCAUCAUCACCACCAGCAGCAGCAGCAGCAGCAGCAUCAGCAGCAGCAGCAGCAGCAGCAUCAACACACACACCACCUGCAGCAGCCGCAGCUGGACAUAGAGCCGGACAGGCCCAUCGGCUACGGAGCGUUUGGUGUUGUCUGGUCAGUGACAGACCCGAGAGAUGGAAAGCGAGUUGCUCUCAAAAAGAUGCCCAAUGUCUUCCAAAACCUUGUAUCUUGUAAGAGGGUGUUUCGGGAGCUGAAGAUGCUGUGUUUCUUCAAACAUGAGAACGUUCUCUCUGCUCUGGACAUACUACAACCUCCACACAUCGACUACUUUGAGGAAAUCUACGUGGUGACUGAACUCAUGCAAAGUGACCUCCAUAAGAUCAUCGUAUCACCGCAGCCUCUGAGCUCAGAUCAUGCCAAAGUCUUUCUGUAUCAGAUUCUACGGGGACUGAAAUACCUUCAUUCUGCUGGCAUUCUACACAGAGACAUCAAACCUGGCAACCUCCUGGUCAACAGCAACUGUGUGCUCAAGAUCUGUGACUUUGGUCUGGCUCGAGUGGAGGAGUCGGACGAGUCACGACACAUGACUCAGGAAGUUGUGACACAGUACUACCGGGCUCCGGAGAUACUCAUGGGAAGUCGCCACUACCACAACUCCAUCGACAUCUGGUCUGUGGGCUGCAUCUUCGCCGAGCUGCUGGGCAGACGCAUCCUCUUUCAAGCCCAAAGUCCCAUUCAGCAGCUUGAUUUAAUCACUGACCUGCUGGGAACUCCCUCAAUGGAGGCAAUGAGGACAGCAUGUGAAGGUGCUCGUGCACACAUUCUUAGAGGACCUCACAAACAGCCAUCGCUUCCUGUUCUCUACACUCUUUCCAGCCAAGCAACCCACGAAGCUGUCCACCUCCUCUGCAGGAUGCUCGUAUUCGAUCCGUCAAAAAGGAUUUCAGCGAAGGACGCCCUGGCUCACCCGUACCUGGACGAGGGUCGACUGCGCUACCACACGUGCAUGUGCAAGUGCUGCUACACCACGUCCUCCGGCCGGGUUUACACCAGUGACUUUGAGCCUGUCACGAAUCUCAAGUUCGACGAUGGCUUUGAGAAGAACCUGAGCUCUGUCAGACAGGUCAAAGAGAUCAUCCAUCAGUUCAUUCUGGAGCAGCAGAAGGGGAGUCGAGUGCCACUCUGCAUUAACCCUCAGUCGGCUGCUUUCAAAAGCUUUAUCAGCUCCACAGUGGCUCAGCCGUCUGAAAUGCCUCCGUCUCCGCUGGUGUGGGAAUAGCUGCUGCUGCUGCUGCUGCUGCUGCUGCUGCUGCAUGACAUCAUCUGUCCCAACUGACACGCUGCUAAACUGGGAACAAGAGAGCAUCUCAGCGUCCUCCUAUAAUCUGUGUAGCAUUUCACUGGAGAGCAGGACUCGCACAUGUGCCGCGUGUUUGGCCCACGUGUGACCCAAACAAGGACAAGUCCACUGGUAACUGCUUUAUGGUGUGUCGUAGACGGUUUGGUGUGCAAAUGAUGAAAGAAAAGCUCUGAAGACCAAAUCAGAAUGUGUGAAACAAACCCAUGUGCUCACUUCCAGGUAGCUUAGAUUUAACACGUCUAUAAUAUGAAGUACAUUUGUGUUUUCUAUAUAAUAAUACAUAUAAGAAAAGAUGUUUAUUUAAAGUUUUCUUCUCUCAUUAAACAUACAGGUAGACUUGUCCGCUUUGCUAUGUCCACCUUCAUCUCCACAUUGGUCAGUUUAGCCCAACUUAUGCGUCUUGUUCAGACAAUCGAUUGUAAUUGUGUUAAACACAAUAUUUUAUUAUUGAAAGUUUCCCUAUUUUAUAAAGAUAUUUUAACUUAUUGAAAGCAAAAUGUUAACAGUAUUUCCCUGCACAUUUGGCCAUGUUUUCACUCAUUUAACUGUUCAUUUGCCAAUGACAAUUAGCCUGAUUUAUAAAUGAAGCUCAAAAAAUUCAAAUUGUGUGCACAUCUGCACAUUUUAGUUGCACAUAUUUGACAUAUUUAUGCUCAGAGGGACACGUCAGGUCACAUGACAAAGGUUGAGUGUGUCAUCUGAUGACACUGCCUGUUCCAAGUGGUCUGGCUUGAAGAAGCAGACCUGGACCAAGUGGUUACUCACUUUUAACAAAAACACUGGAAGUUCAAAAAAAAAGAUGCACUUGAUGCAGAAUGAAGUAUGAAAAAAGACGUUUAGAUGACUGUAAUGCAACGUAACUCCGUGUAUGUCCACGUACAUACAUGGGACUGUAUUAGAGCAAGUACAUUUUCUGCAUGGUUUCAGUGACAAAUGUAUGCAAGUGUUUCUACAUAAGGCCCCGCAAUAUUUAUGAACUGAAGUAGAAACCGGUCUCAAUAUGUAAAAGAAGAGUCAGGUUUUCCCUUGGAAAUGCCAACAAAUGCUUUGUGUCUGUUUUGGAAAUAAUGCAGAAUCCUCUUGUUUAUGGCUUUAAGUUGUUGAGUUUGUAUAUUCCUGGAAGUAAAGGUUUAACAGUUCAGCUGUGGCCGACAUGAAUUGUGAAGGUUUACGAGAGCAGGAAACCAGAUCAGAAGUUAUCCUUAUACUUAUACUACAUCCUGCUUCCAAACAAGAUGAUUCAAAUCUUGACCAAAUCUCCAGAAUGCACUGACUUAAACCUAAUUUAUUCUCCAAGCAAUCGAAAUGACAUAUUUUAAGCAGAUAAGUGUCGCUCAUCACUCUCCUCUUUACCUAUUGAAUUUCCACUCAAUGUUAGUCACAGUCUUCAUGAGGACCAACACAUAUUCUCUCUUUUUGCUCCGUUUAUGGUUUAAACUGACACACACACACACACACACACACACACACACAGCCACCUCUGUUCCGUACACUCUCAUUGUCCUCUCAGUAUAAAUAAAUUCAAAUCUGUUAUCGUUAUCAAAAUGAAGUCAAAGUAGCACAGACAUACAGUACAUACAGAGGCUGGAGGAUAAUGUUUGGUUACUAUAGUGACGACUGAAACCUUUUGACCGAGCAAAAACUUCAAUUAAAGUUUAGUUGCGCAACUCUUUAACUUAAUAUCAAAAGUGCCGGAAAACUAACAGUGACCUCCGCAGUGCCACUCCCUUGUUUGCUUAAAUAUUUCUGUUCCAAAGCCAAACUAAGCAAACGUUAAUCCAAAGAGUCGGGAGAACAUGGAAAUCGUCAGUAACUAGAUCCAUCCAUUGGCUCCACUAAAAACUCAUUCUCACCAGGCGGUUACAGUUCAAUUUGGAAUGGUUUUACCCCGAUCUGGCUUGUGUUUCCACAGUGGGCGUGUGGACUGGAUGGUGAUGUAAAUAGUGCGACGUCAUAGCGGUUUGACACUUUGUAGCUCGCCAAUUCAUUGUGCAAAGCAGAAGAAUGACACGGUAAACCUCUCAAGUGGAUAUUUUGGUCUUAUUCCCAAUGUUUUACAGUUGAAAAGCUAAUAAAUGACAAGGUUUGAGUCAUGUUCCACACAUUUUAAGGGGAUUUUAGUCAUUUUGAACAAGUGGAGACUUGCCAGAGUAGCUGGGACAUGUGGAGUACAUGUCCAAGUCACACGUGGGAUCGAAAGUUUGUUUAAAAAGCUCAGUCUGACUUUGGAGCGAUAAACAGCACAGGUGUGUUCAGACUGAUGAGGGAUAGGAGUUAGUUUCUUUCCAGGAACCUUCUGACUAUGACACCAAUUCCUGCACCGCUUAGGUUUUACAAACUUGCAAACCCUCAAUCAAGUCGAAUCUGGACUGUGACCGGCGUCACACACACAUUUUAACCACAAUAUAGCUGCGUCAUAAGCUUUCACAAUAACUUCUGACCGGGUGUCAUGUAAUCGCAUUUAAAUUCAUAAUUUAUCCAGACAAAAACUUACUUUUCAACCCACUGCAUGUCUGUAUUCAGACUGUUCUUCCCCAUACCCAUCAAAAUUUAUUUAUAUAAAUACAUCUUUUACAUUUUAGACAACCGUUUGUGAAGGUCCAGGCCGGAGCCACACUGUAUGUGCAAAUGCAGCAAAGCCCCUCAUACAGUAACCAUACUAACAAAUCAUGUUUUUUAUGAGUGCCAUGCUGAAGCACCUGCUUUGAUCACCUAAUAACAAUAAUAAUAACAACUUAAAUUUAUAUAGUAGCACUCAACCCCCCCCCCCCCCCCCCCCCCGACAUCUUUUCCAAAAUUCUAUCAUAUGUGAUAUAAAUGGUCAAAUUCUGAUGAAUGGAAAAUUGUGUAUCUUAUCUUCCUCCAUUCACUGUAUGAACUGUAUCUAUGCGGUGUUUAUGACCAUUACAUCAAAUGUAUACUCAAUUUUGCUUCAUAGAACACACACACACACACACACACGUUUGUUAUUUAUAGUGAGGAGGAGAUGAGCAGACCUGCACAUGCACAAGCACAAGCAGCGAGCGAGAGAGAGAGCGACGCAGUGGACGUUGCAAUGCUUCUGCGUCCAGUGUAGCGUUACCUGUCCGGCAUCCGCACUUAUACUGUAUCUAGAGCUGAACAAACGAACACAACAUAAUUGGCAAAUUUAGGAAUAUAUAUAUAUAUAUAUAUAUAUAUAUAUACAUAUAAAUGUCUCAAACUUAUAGAGUAGUUAAUGGUGUAGCAGCUUUUCCUGACCUUCCUCUUCCAUGGAGGCGGCUACGUUGCGUUACUUAAUGUUUUGAUGGUGUUUAGUGGUAAUGGCCAAUUGCAGUCACUAUUAGAUACUUUCCCCAAAUCGUUCAGCCCUAGUUAUAAGUGACCCAGUGCAGAACUCUUAUGUUAUGACGUGGUGAGGAUUUGCUUUGUUGCAGUGACAGCUGUUGUCCAGGUGUUUCAAAGAAAUGAGUAUAUCCUAUACAUAUAUAUAUAUAUAUAUAU